AGUUUGGGAACGAAAGCAGGAAUCAUGAGAACGAAACCAUUCCUGCUGAUACUGACGUGCGUGCUUAUGACCACCUUUCUACUGAUCCUGUUCGGUUCCGCCGGUCAGCAGAAUGAUUCGUUGAAAAACAUCGUCACCCAGACGCAUCAGCAGUUUCGUAACUUUAAGAAAAAUCUCCGUGAAUCCAACUCCGAUCCACGCCCGGAAGUCGAUCCAAAGUAUCUCGCCCAGCUCGGAUUCACGCAACCCCUGUACAAUGCAAGCAAUCGGGCCAACUUCACCAUCGUCACAUACGCCCUCCCGGGUGAUAUCGCAUCGGCACUGCUGUACGUGCAGAACGUUGCGAUGAAACUUCCCGCCCAGCCACUGCUGGUGUACGAUCUGGGACUUGCCGAGUCCGAUCUGCACAUCCUGCAGGGUUCGUGUAACAGUACCUCGACCACACACUGCACUGUGAUAACGUACGAUCUGAGCAAACUCCCAGCACAUGUUGCCGACCGGAGUAUGCACGCGUUUCGGCCGAUCAUCAUACACGAUGCGUUGGCCCGUUCGAAGCUGAUCCUUUUCACCGAGAACAGCGUACGGUUGAAGGGUAGCAAUACGGUGCGCGAGCUCGAGGAUGUACGGUUGCGUGCCGAAAACAGUACGUCCGGUGUGCUUGGAUGUGCCACGAAACAGCCCGUCACCAGCCGGACACAUCCGAAGAUGUUUGAGUACUUUGAGAUUGCGGUCGAUAACUUUUACUUUCUGCCGAUGACGUCACUCGAGUUUGUGUUCUUUCGCAACAGUGCGACCGUUAACGAUAAGGUCCUGCUGCCGUGGGUGCGCUGUGCGUUAACCUUGGAGUGUUUGCAUCCGAUCGGCGCACAAACUGGUGGCUGCAAGUACAACAAAAAACCACUGUACCGAUACUCCGGAUGUCACGAGUAUGAUACGUGUGCGUUCAACAUCAUACUCGGUAUGACGUUCGGGUACGAUGAAAGCAACUACUCCAACCAGGAGCUGGCCAACCUGUACUAUCUGGAAACGCUCGAGCAGUCGACCAAAAUAUUGGAAAAUCGUCGGAAAAACAUUAGCGACACGUCGGAACAUCCGUUCACCGAGGAUUAA